GUGUUUCCCUGUUGACAACAUGGCUGCCGAGGAUCUCCCGUCUGAAUUCGACGUUAUCAUUCUGGGCACAGGUCUGUGUGAAUCAGUGGUGGCAGCGGCAUGUUCCAGAGUUGGACAAAGAGUUCUUCAUCUGGACAGGCAGAGUUACUACGCGUCAAACUGGGCGAGCUUCACCUUUAAUGGUUUACUCACCUGGAUCCAGGAACAGCAGGCAGAGUCUCAGCCUGAUGAGGUCCAGGAUUGGUCAGGUCAGGUGGAGGAAGGGGAGGACCUAAUUUACCUGUCACAGUCAGACUCCAGCUCCAUCAGUAAUCUGCAGGUGUUCUGUUACACCAGUGAGGAAGAUGAGGAAGAUGAUACUCCAAACACCACAGAAGAAGAAAAAGGAGGCGGGGCCAGUGAAGCCACUGAGGCUGCAGAUUCGAAUAAAGAAGAUGAAGAAGAAACAGAAAAACAGGAAGCAGAAGAACAGGUUGCACAAGAUGAGGGGGCGGAGCCAGAGGCAGACCAGCCCUGCCCCUCUGCUGAUCCCAACCAAUCAGAGCCUGUCAAGAAGAAGAAGAUCAGCCUCGCUCAGUUGGUGAAAGAAGGUCGAAGGUUCAACAUCGACCUGGUCUCCAAGCUCAUGUAUUCUCGUGGCUCACUGGUUGAUCUUCUCAUCAAAUCAAAUGUCAGUCGCUAUGCAGAGUUCAAGAACGUCAGCAGGAUUCUGACGUAUCGUCAGGGGAAAGUGGAACAGGUUCCCUGCAGUAGAGCAGAUGUGUUUGCCAGUCGACAGUUGUCUGUAAUUGAAAAGAGGAAGUUGAUGCGCUUCCUGACCUCCUGUGUAGAGGAAACAGAAGAUCAACAAGCUUACAAUGGUCGACCAUAUUUGGAGUUCCUGAGUGACCAGCAGCUUGGAGAAAACCUACAGCAUUUCCUGCUGUACUCCAUUGCCAUGGCAACAGAGGACACACCCACAGAAGUGGGCCUGGCCUCCACGCGCCACUUCCUUCGAUGCCUAGGUCGCUAUGGCAACACACCGUUUCUAUUUCCUGUUUAUGGCCUUGGUGAGAUUCCUCAGUGUUUCUGUAGGAUGUGUGCAGUGUUUGGAGGAAUCUACUGUUUGAGGCACUCUGUCAGGUGUCUGCUGGUGGACAAGGACACAAACAGGUGUAAGGCUGUGAUUGACAGCCGGGGCCAGCGAAUCAGCUGCAACCACUUUGUGGUAGAGGAGGGUUAUGUGGAUGCAGAGAGAAAGCAAACAGCCACGCCCACCAGGUGUGUUUCCAGAGCAGUCCUGAUAACAGACGGAUCUGUUCUGCCCAGUGACUCAGACCAACAGGUUUCUAUGGUAACCAUUCCUCCAGUAGAGGCGGAGCUUCCAUCGGUCAGGAUGGUGGAGCUCUGUUCGUCCACCAUGACGUGUAUGCCUGGAACAUAUCUAGUCCAUCUCACCUGUCAGUCAGUUGGCUCUGCCUACGAGGACCUGUCGCCACUGGUAACCAGGAUGUUCCACACAACGGAGUCAUCUGAUCAAGAGGAGCGUCCAUCUGUCCUCUGGUGUCUCUACUUCAACAUGGUCGAUGGUUCAGGGUUAGAGGUUGAAGGUCACGACCUCCCGUCCAACAUGUACCUGUGUUCAGGUCCAGAUGGAGCUCUGGGUCAUGACCACACCAUCAAACAGGCGGAGUUGAUCUUCCAGAAGAUUCUCCCCGAGGAAGACUUUUGUCCUCCUGCACCAAACCCUGAAGACAUCAUCUACGAUGGAGAGAACGGGAACGGGAACUCUGCAGAGGGGGAGGAACUAAAGGACGAUGAGCUAAAGGACGACGAAGAGCCAAAGGAGCAGGAGGAGGAGCUAACAGAGCAGGAGAAGGAGAUAAAAGAGCAGGAGGAGGAGAUAAAAGAGCAGGAGGAGGAGAAAGAGGAGGAACAGGGGUUGGAAUCAGAGAAGGGGCAGGGCCUUGAGACUGAGGAGUAAAACUAUGUCAACAUGCUGGUCUUUCUGUGUUUGUGGGACUCACUGACACAAACAUAACGUGUGUGCACUUGAAAACCCUUGGCCUGGCUUAUCAGGCCCACUACUGCCACCCAGUAGCCUGACUUAUCAGUGCAUGCCAAAGUUUUUGGACAGACGGACAGACGAACAAUACCCUGCAGCCAGUGUGACUGAGGGUAAAAACCAAACCUACCCAUAAUGCUGAGUUCAGACUCCACAACAUCAGUCUGAUCACAAACUUAACAACUGAAGCUGAUUUCAGCAUCAUCACAAAACAUGACGCUGACUUUGUGUAAAUUCAGACAAUUGAACACAAGCUGAAAAUGUUCAAGAAAAAAACAGGAUGGCAAGAUUUAGCUUCAAAAACAAAAGCUUUAAAAUGUGUGUUUAGUUUUACUGAUGAGAGGAAAUAAAUAAAAAUGACAUUCUGUUACAUGCGGUAAAUUGGGCUCAUAGUAUUAUUGUAGUGUUUAUCAUCUAAGUGUUUCAACGAGGUUAUUUAUCAAACAUAAUCUUUUCAAAUUAUCGAUUUCUCUGUCGCACAUAGUGUUUUAUUGGACUUGAUGUUAAACAACAGCAAAAAAUAAGCAGAACACAUUUAUGGACAAAUUUGCUUUUUUGUGAUUCACAUAUUUAAAGCGUUUAUGAAACUGUUUGGUGAAUCCAGAUCAGUCUGAACUCAGUGUUUUAGUUUAAUUCUCUUGUAUUCUGAUGCCUCUGAGCUUUAAAUACACCAUCUGAUGAGGCGUUUGAGGUCUGUCCAUAAACCUGUACGUCCUCACAACUACAGAAAGAUACAUACUUGCGCCAAAAGUCCAGCAGUGCAUUGUGGGUAAAGUUGCCUUUGUGUUAGUAUUUUUUUAUGAUUUAUGCUUCAUGUUGUAUUUAAAGUCUGUUCUGUCAAAUAUUAAACUGUCAUGUGACCAUG